CCUCGCCCCCCGGCGUCUCCUGACGUCGCUGGGCGACCCGGAAGCGCCCACACGUGUACUCCUUGCUUUGCUCCCGGCCCCUUUGCCGGGCUUUUUCUGGCCAUGGGUCGCUCCCGCCGGACAGGCGCGCACCGAGCGCACUCCCUAGCCCGGCAGAUGAAAGCGAAGCGGCGGCGGCCGGACCUGGAUGAGAUUCACCGCGAGCUGCGGCAGCAGGGACCCGCACGGCCCCAGCCCGACCCGGACGCCGAGCCGGACCCCGACCUGCCAGGGGGCGGCCUGCACCGCUGUCUGGCCUGCGCGAGGUACUUCAUCGAUUCCGCCAACCUGAAGACCCACUUCCGAUGCAAAGACCACAAGAAAAGGCUGAAGCAGCUGAGCGUCGAGCCCUACAGUCAGGAAGAGGCGGAAAGGGCAGCGGGUAUGGGAUCCUAUGUGUCCCCCAGGCGGCUGGCAGUGCCCACAGAAGUGUCCACCGAGGUCCCUGAGAUGGACACUUCUAUCUGACAUGGCCUGAGGAUGCAGGGCAAAAGAGUUGCUCAUGGACAGUGACGCAUGGACUAGGCUGGGAGGGGGUGUGCCAGCCCCUUUUGGCGCUGGGUUUGUGAAGCGGAUGGCCUCUUCUGGGUGCCCUGCCUCCAAUAAAGGAACUGGACAAAGAGA